AUGCCAGUUGAUGAUUAUGAUGCCCUUGGACUUUGCCCCGUUUUGCAGAACUCUCGUGGCCGCUCCAGAUCGCCUUCCAAGUCACCGGAAUACCGCAGGGAACGCGAAAACUCUCGUUCACGUUCUCCACGCCCGCGUUACGGAGGUGGUGGUCGCGGACGCGGUGGAGGUGGUGGUGGUGGUGGGCAGUAUGAUCGUGAGAACCCACCACCAUCCAAGUGUCUCGGGGUUUUCAACCUAUCGUCGUACACAACCGAUAAAGACUUACGCGAUGUUUUUGGCGAGUUUGGCGAAAUAGACAAAUGUGAUUUAGUAUAUGACCGCCCAUCUGGAAACUCGCGUGGAUUCGGUUUCAUUUACUUCAAACUAAUCGAAGACGCUACUGCAGCUCGAGAAAAACUUUGCAACACAGACUUGGAUGGCCAUAAGAUUCGUGUCGACUAUUCUUUCACAAAACGCGGACAUUCACCAACUCCUGGGCAAUACAUGGGUGAUCGCCGUGGAGGUGGUAGAGACCGCUUCAACGAUAGAGGUGGACGAGGUGGUGGUGACAGAUACGGCGGUGAUCGUCACGAUGGUGAUCGUUAUGGUGGGGAUCGGUACGGUGGCGAUAGAUUCGGGGGAGCAGAACGUCACGGUGGAGGGGAUCGUUUUGGCGGUGGACGAAGAGGAUCUCCAGAGAGACGUUAUGGAGGCGGUGGAUUCCGCAGUGGAGGUGGCGGCAGUGGGUUCAUGAGAAAUGGCGGAGGUCCCGAUCGUCGCGAUCAUCGCGAUCGUGAAAGUGACAGAAAUGGUGGAAGCGGAGGGCAUCGCCCGUAUGAUCCUCAAUUCAGACGCCGUGUUGAAUCGUAUGGAUCCGGAGGGCAACGUCGUAAUGACAGAUACUGA